CAACAAAACCAGUUGACAGCCGACAGCUAAAUAAAAAGAAAUUUGAUCGCGUUGAACUUUGAAGCUGUGAAAUAAAUUAAAAUGACAGUCCAACAGAUUAACUCGAAUAUUUCUGACGACUCUGAUGAUAUGGUUAGUUUACCAUCCGAAGAGGAGAUUUAUAGGCGAAAAUACCAGUUGCUGCUAGAACGAUGUGAGGUCCUACAACAGGAUAACGAGAGAAUUAUUAAUAGAAUACAUGAAGCGAAGAAAAUAACCAAACGGUACCGGAAAGAUAUUAAGUUAUUGGUGGAGAGAUUAGACAGACAUGGUGAUCAGUUCAGAACUGCAUGCUUGGAAGUUGAGACGAAACCUGAGGUGAUAGUGCGACCAGCUCGUGCUGGUGGCAAAACUCAAGCAGUGUCGAAACAAAUUGAGAAACAGAAUGCUGCUGGUGGUAAGAAACCUGGACCUAAACGAAAGAGUAAAGCAGAUAAGCCUGAAAGAGAUCCAAAUGCACCGAAAAAGCCCUGCAAUGCAUUCUUCCAAUUCUGCCAAGAACAGCGGCCAUUGGUUGUAGCAGAGGCUAACUCUGAGUUGGGAUCCGAACCUUCAAAGCAGGAGGUUACCAGACAACUGGCUUCUCGUUGGAGGGCACUCAAUAAUGAAGAGAAGAGAGUGUAUGUAGCAAUGUUUGAGAGAUCAAAGGAAAAGUAUGCAGAACAGAUGUCAGCUUACAUAAAGAAGGAACAAUGACAAUUACCAGCCAAUAGUAGCACUUAAUUUUCUUGUGAUCAUCAGCUUUAAGAUUAGGUUAACUAUUAAACAGUAUUUUGUAAGAUACAA